AUGGUAUGGAUUCGCAUAUCAUCAAGUGUUAAUGUGGUAGCCCGUGUUGAAUUCAUUGAUCGAGAAAAUUCGUCAAGAUAUGGAAUUUCUUUUGACACUCAACUCCACUCUCAUCAUAAAGAGUUUGUUAUUCCGAUGCCAUCUCCAUCUUCUAAUUCCUCCAUUCCAAUUCCCAACUACCGUAUUCAAACGAAGAAGUCAAUUACUGGAAAUAAUUUCGGGAAAAAGUACGAAAAUAUAUUACCACUUCUUGUCAAUGAGACAUGGAUUCAUAAAACAUUGAAAGAUGAGAACAAUAUCUUCAUUCAUGUGUCCAUUCGUUCUGAAUGUCUCCCGAAUUACUAUGGAUCCAUCUGCCAAUAUUAUUGUAGUCCCGGAGAGAAGUUCCCAAUAAAGGAUUGCAGAGAGAAGAAUUGCCAGAAUUGUGAGUUUUCAUUUGUACAGUUUUCAUUUGUACGGAUAGCCGUUGCAGCUCGAAAUCCUGUCGAAUCGCUUAUGCUACUUUCAUAA